CACGCACACGCACACACUCACUCAAACGGGAAAGAUCGACAUUUCAUGCCGGAAUUCCCACUUUAGUGAAUGAAAAACUAAUGAAUUUUUUUUUUAAACAGCUGGAUCGUCCGUCUUCAACAAUCUUUGUGCUUUGAUCCGGACAACAAAAAGGGACUGUUUUUUGUUUGUUUGUUUGUUUGAUAAAACAUUUACGGUGAACGUGGAGCUAUGUUUAGAAGAAGCAAGAGUAAAGUACUGGUGGAUUCCGCGUCAGAAGAAGACGACAUGUCCUGGCACUACCAUCACUCUUACAAGGACAAAGACAUAGAAGGAGAGGAAGAGGAGGAGGAAGCUGUCACAGCAGUAUCCAAGGAGGCCAAAGUGAAAAAGAUAAUGUCCAAGAAAGAGAGAAAGGAGAAAAAGAUGUCCUCAAAAGACGAUGAACACUUUUUGUUGACCGGAGUGACGCCGGCAGACCGAAGAGGAUCUCACAAGAAAGUCAAAGAUGACGACAAGGACAAGAAGGAAAAGCCAGACAAGGGUCACUGUUUUUGGGAGAGCGUCACCAUGACGUUGAGGCAAAUAUCUUCCGUCAAAAAACUGGAGAAGACCGACGACUGGGAGACGCCUCGGCCUCACCGCGACUCCAGUCAGACCCACGGCGCCCUGAAGGGGGUCGUGGAAGAGGACCGAACCCGAAAAGAAGACUUGACCGAGCCUCUCUCUGACUCUCUAGACCUCCCGUUGGAGCUGGGCCAGACCGCGUGGUCCGGCCUGGAGGAAGACUCCUCUCACUACGCCAACCUGUCGGACUCCAAGGACCCCACGUGUGCUGUCCGGUGGACGGCCCGGGCCAAGGUGAAGCUGGCCGGGAUCAGCAGGAUGAGCAGAGGGAUGGCGUCGGAGAGUACGUGGGAAGGCUUGAAAUAGUCCACAAUUCCGCUUUGGAGACAUUUUGUGGCUGUCAAUUCUUCGCAGGACUUGCGGGAAAGCAGGGUAAGCUAGUAGGAGUGUCCCGAUACCUUGAUCAUAGGCCGAUAUCAAAUGAAACCCGAUACGAUAUCAGCAGGAACCAUACAUACUUUUAUCAUUGUAGAGAGUGAAGAAGUUUAAAAAUGAGUUAAACACAAACAUCUUUAACAUUAACCAUCUGGGAUAAACUUACGCAGUCUUUAAAUUGAAGUGGAGUGGUAAUUGUUUUUUUUGGCAACACCUAGUGGCCACGAUAUUUCAUUUAGUUGCUGUAAAUUGAAUGAUGCAGACACGCUUGUUACUUUAUACUUUCUAAUACACUUCUUCUGCCUUGGAUAUUUUGCAUCUAUAAGUAAUAUACAACUAUAUUUAUUAUUUUUUAUAUAGACAAAUACAGGGUUUCAGAUAUAUUAUUCGAUUACGGACACGUAUAACACGUGUCGAGCUUGUGCGCUACUGUCUGCUUAGCUGUUGUGUAGCUGCUAGCUCCUAGUAGCUUAUGGUUGAUCUUUUUUAAGUAACUUCACUAUAAUACGAGAAAAUACCCACCAUGUGUGCUUAUUUGAGAACAUUUAGAUGUUAGCUGGCCGCAGGACUGCUUGUAUCAGAGAUUUUACAUGCAAGCCGAUAUAAUCCCACACUCGUGUUUUCGCUGAUAUCGGUCCAAUAUCCGAUAUUAAUAUCACAUCGGGACACACCUAGUAGCGAGCUUGACAUAAAUAAAGGCAACGCUGUAGAAUUGGCGAAAAGGUCAUCUUUUGCUGGGAAGGUAUUAAUAUUAACAUAUAUAUUAUAGUUUUCUUCUGUUUUUUUCUACAGGAGCCUUGUUAACUCUCCGUGCUGUUAUCAAGCCAAUUGAUGAAGUAUCAUUUUUUAGCGCAUAUUCUCCAGGGUCUUUAGUGACUCAACUGCAGGGAGUGCGAAUUUUGGCGAGACAUACAAAACCAGUGACGUUGGUCAUUGACAAUGAUUUGCAAAUCCUUUUCAACCUAUAUUCAAUUGAAUAGACUGCAAAGACAAGAUAUUUAAUGUUCCAACUGAGAAACGUAUUUCUUUUUGCAAAUAAGCAUUAACUUACAAUUUAAUGGCAGCAACACAUUGCAAAAAAGUUCAACACUCCUUUGUUGUAUUUUAGGUUUCAUAAUGCGCCACACAUUUUCAAUGGCAGACAGGUCUAGACUGCAGGCAGGCCAGUCUAGUACCCGCACUUUUUUACUAUGAAGCCACGCUGUUGUAACACGUGGCUUGGCAUUGUCUUGCUGAAAUAAGCAGGGGCGUCCAUGAUAACGUUGCUUGGAUGGCAACAUAUGUUGCUCCAAAACUUGUAUGUACCUUUCAGCAUUAAUGGUGCCUUCACAGAUGUGUAAGUUACACAUGCCUUGGGCACUAAUACACCCCCAUACCAUCACAGAUGUUGACUUUUGAACUUUGCGCCUAUAACAGUCCGGAUGGUUCUUUUCCUCUUUGGUCCGGAGGACACGACGUCCACACUUUCCAAAAACAAUUGGAAAUGUGGACUCGUCAGACCACAGAACACUUUUCCACUUUGUAUCAGUCCAUCUGAGGUGAGCUCAGGCCCAGCGAAGCCGGCGGAGUUUCUGGGUGUUGUUGAUAAAUGGCUUUCGCUUUGCAUGGUAGAGUUUUAAUUUGCACUUACAGAUGUAGCGACCAACUGUAGUUACUGACAGUGGUUUUCUGAAGUGUUCCUGAGCCCAUGGUGAUAUCAUUUACACAGUGAUGUCGCUUUUUGUUGCAGUAUCCCCUGAGGGAUUGAAGGUGUGUAAUAUCAUCGCUUACGUGCAGUGAUUUCUCCCGAUUCUCUGAACCUUUUGAUGAUAUUACGGACCUUAGAUGGUGCAAUCCCUAAAUUCCUUGCAAUAGCUCGUUGAGAAAUGUUGUUCUUAAACUGUUCUACAAUUUGCUCACGCAUUUGUUCACAAAGUGGUGACCCUCGCCCCAUCCUUGUUUGUGAAUGACUGAGCAUUUCAUGGAAGCUGCUUUUAUACCCAAUCACCGCACCCACCUGUUCCCAAUUAGCCUGUUCACCUGUGGGAUGUUCCAAAUAAGUGUUUGAUGAGCAUUCCUCAACUUUCUCAGUCUUUUUUGCCGCUUGUGCCAGCUUUUUUGAAACAUGUUGCAGGCAUCAAAUUCCAAAUGAGCUAAUAUUUGCAAAAAAUAAAGUUUUCCAAUUCGAACGUUAAGUAUCUUGUCUUUGCGGUCUAUUAAAUUGAAUAUAGGUUGGAAAGGAUUUGCAAAUUAUUGUAUUCUGUUUUUAUUUACCAUUUACACAACGUGCCGACUUCACUGGUUUAAGGGUUUGUACUUAUGUCCAAAUAUGUACAGUGUGGUUGCAAAAAUCCACCUAUUUUUCAUACAGUUGACAAUCUCAUGCUGAAUAUUUGAAAUUACUGGAGCCAUUCAUGCCAGGUGUACACUUUUUGUUGUUUAUCAUGUAUAGUGCCUUGAAGACUAUGGAACCACUGCUGACUACUGGUGGUAUUACUUCAGUAGGACAUUCAACUGGUCAUUUAUUUGACUGCAUUGUUUGUUUCCGCCUGGUCUCGCAUACGUUUAGUAGAAUUUCAUACAAAAUGUAAUGCAAUAGUAGUUAUAAAACAAUUUAAAAGAUUCAAAUGGAUUAUGCUUUCAAAUUAACCUCUUAAGACAAAAUUUAAAACGGAUGACAUUUUUGAUUUACUUGAAAAAGCUUUUUGUAAGGAUAAUUAAUUCAAUAACGAUAAUUUUUAAAGUUAUUAGGGAUGUGAAUCUUGGAACAACUCCCGAUUCGAUUCGGAUUCUUGUGGUGAUGAUUUGAUUCAGAGUUGAUUCUCGAUUCCAAGCGAUUAUUACAAUAUAUUACACGGUAUAAUAAUUAUAAUAAAACCUUUUCAGAUUACAGGUUAAAAAAAAGCUCCUUUUGGCUGCUGGUGUAUGACGUAUGAACAGCAAAUAAGCGUGGAGAUGGCUAAAAAAAAUGUUUUUAAAUUAUUUUUAUAGAUUUUUUUAAAUUAUGUAAAAUUUAAAAGAUGUACUGUUUUUACUGGAUUUUUUUUCAAAAUAAAAUUGUAAACUGACUUUUGAAAAUUAUAAAUUGAUUUAGAAUCAGAUUUAAAAAAAAGGAAUUGCGAUUCUGAUUUUUUUGACCACUCCUAAUUAUUAUUACUAGGAAUUACAUACAAUAACUUACACAUGAAAUAAAUACACUCAAAGCCAGAUUCACAACCACUGGGAUAAUGGAAAUAUUUCUGUGAGAUAUAUAUUUCUUUUUUUUUUUUUUACAAAUUUUAUGAAAAUCCAACCCUCACUUUUUCAACUAUUUUGAAAUGAUUGAAAUUUGUGAUAAUUAGAACACAUAAAAUUGUACAUUUUGGGGGUUUAUUUUGUCACAAAAAGUGCUGAAAGGAUUCUGUGGUUAUGGUUGUCUUACAAGAAUGACCAGAAAAAAAGCCUUAUUAUUCAUAUUAGUAAUGUUGUUUAUUGUAAUGAUUAAAGCCUUAUUCAUAUUAGUAAUAAUGUUUAUUGUAAUGAGUAAAGCCUUAUUAUUCAUAUAAGUAAUGUUUAUUUUAAUGACUGAAUUCAUUUGGUAACAUUUGCAAUGCAAUUCCAUGGAUGUGUGUGAGCUAAAUCAUGUUAUUUUAGGAUAGUUAUUUAGUUUAGGGUUCAUAUUGUUCAAUACACUGGUGUAAAUAAAUCAAAAUCUGUCACUUUAAAAUUAAUUUUUCAGUAAAAGGUUAUUUUCAUUCCAUUGCACAUGCAGGUGAUUUUCUUGAGUCUUCAAAAAUGAGUCCAAACGUGUCUAUUUUUUAAAUAUUUAAUCAGGAUUAUUCUAGUAGUAGAUUUGGAAUAGAAAGGAAUAUUACAAAAGUUGGAAAGAUACAAAACUUACCCCACAACCACAAAUAAUAAUAAUAAUAAAAUAAUAGUACAUUUCCAUUUGUGUGCUUUUUGACAACUCUUGGAAGUAGUCUGUACUGGAAAUGACUUUCUCUGCAAGUAAAAGUACCCGGAACAACAAUCAGAGACAACAAAGACGUUGUAAACAAAGACAUGCAUUCGGUUAUUACAGGAAAAAAACAGUUAUUUGAACUCUAUUACAUAAACAUUUGACACCAGGUGGUAGUAAUGAUAUUAAUCAGUUUGUAGAAUUCAAUUGAGGAACUAGAGGCAAAAUGGAGUGCACUACUUGACUGCAGCCAGCAGAGGCGCUGUCGGUUAAACAAUGGGAAGUUGAGCUACAUCCACGCUAUGGCUCCAAUGCAACAACACUGGCAUGGAAAGAGGAGUUCAGAACAUUCACAUCCCACUUAAAAUUUUACAAAAUCUAUUAAUUGAGCCAUUCUUCCUUUAGAUACAUAAAUAAUCUGCAACUUUUUUUCUUACAAAAGAAACAAUAUACUCAUCACAACCACCACCAUUU